AUGGGCAAGGCUAAAAAAGAAAAGAAUAGAGUUAUUAGAGCACAAGGCCAGAACGGUCUGGCUACUUCAGCAGUGGCAAAUAACUUGAGAGUAAAAGGAGAGAAUUUUUAUCGAGAUGCAAAAAAAGUAAAAUUUAUUAAAAUGCUCAAAGGGGGGAAGGCAAUAAGGAAUGCAAAAGGAAAAAUUAUUAAAUCGGCACCUUAUCAAAGCAAAGAGGUUACAACCGCAAGAGUACAGCCAGAUAGACGAUGGUUCGGUAACACUAGAGUCAUCGGCCAAAAACAAUUAGAGGCUUUUCGCGAAAGCUUGGGAACAAAAGUUAAUGAUCCUUAUCAAGUGUUACUUCGGCAAAAUAAAUUGCCCAUGAGUUUAUUAAUUGAUUCGGCAAAAAUAUCACGAAUGCAUAUGGUUGACACUGAACCAUUUUCAGACACAUUUGGUCCGAAGGCACAACGAAAACGACCAAAAUUGAACGUUGGUUCUUUAGAAGAUUUAAUGACCAACACUAACCAGUCCUUGGAAAAUUAUGAAGAAAAAAAAGAUCCUUCAUUAUUGUCUAACAAAAUAACUGAUUGGAUUGAUGAAGCAAGAGAUAGUGUAUUUUCAAAAGGACAAUCCAAGCGGAUAUGGAACGAGCUAUAUAAGGUCAUAGAUUCAUCAGAUGUCGUAAUUCAUGUAUUGGAUGCUCGUGAUCCCAUCGGUACACGAUGCAAAAAUGUGGAACAAUAUUUGAAGAAAGAUGCUAGUCAUAAGCAUCUAAUUUUCCUUCUGAAUAAAUGUGAUCUUGUACCCACUUGGAUUACUGCAAAGUGGGUCAGCCAUUUAUCCAAGGAAUGUCCUACUUUAGCGUUUCAUGCCAGCGUAACAAAUUCUUUCGGCAAAGGUUCUUUGAUACAGUUACUACGACAAUUUGCUAGUCUCCAUUCCGAUAAAAAACAAAUUAGUGUUGGUUUUAUUGGAUAUCCUAACACAGGAAAAAGUUCAAUAAUUAACACUUUAAGGAGCAAAAAAGUGUGUAAUGUGGCACCUAUUCCUGGUGAAACGAAGGUUUGGCAAUAUAUUAAUUUGAUGAAGCGAAUAUAUCUUAUCGAUUGUCCUGGGGUUGUUCCACCCUCCAUCGAAGAUACCGAAGCAGAUAUUGUACUUAAAGGAGUCGUUCGUGUAGAAAAUUUAAAGACACCAGAAGAAUUUAUUUCCAAAAUAUUCGAUCGAGUUCGUAAAGAAUAUUUGCAACGCACUUAUGAAAUACGUGAAUGGACAGAUCAUUUGGAUUUUCUUGACCAGCUUGCAAAAAAAUGUGGUAAGUUACUAAAAAAAGGUGAACCAGAUAUAUCCACAGUAUCAAAAAUGGUAUUGAAUGAUUGGCUGCGUGGAAAAAUACCUUAUUUCACUCCACCACCCGAAAGUGAUAAUGAUAAAAAUGAGGAAGUUAAUACCGAG